AUGGGACAAACUGGAGAGCCGGAGGAGGCGACAGGGUUGGUUGCAUUCCUCUGCCUUCCGGCGGCCUCUUAUAUUACCGGCCAGAUUGUUUCCGUUGAUGGGGGAGCCACUGUCCAUUGCUUCUCUCCCCCUGAAGUGGAAGGUCAUGAAUCAGAUGGCAUGUUCAUCUCCUACUUUAUAACCCUUCACCAGCCAAUAAUAAUCAUGUAUUGA